AUGGACCCCAUCGACAGGGUGGAAAACCCCUCGUUCGAUCACGAAAAGAAAGAUGACACGCAGGACAUGCUCCCGGCAUACGAGGAUCCCUUCGGGGACGAGACAUUCGCCGAGGUGAAAUAUCGCACGCUGCGAUGGUGUCAUGAUCGCCGAGACCAUCUCGCUGGGCAUCCUGUCGCUCCCUUCGGCCGUGGCUGCGCUAGGCCUCGUUCCUUCAAACUGCGAUACCCCCAUGUGCAUAGCAUGGCUGAUGCGGGGGAGGUCAUGCUCGGUCGGUUUGGGCGCGAGCUCCUGGGGACGGCCCAGUUGCUCUUUUUGAUUUUCAUUAUGGGCAGCCAUAUACUCACUUUCAGUGUGAUGAUGAACACGGUCACCGACCAUGGGACGUGUUCGAUUGUCUUCGGGGUUGUCGGGCUGAUUCUGUCGUUCUUACUGAGUCUCCCGCGGACGCUGAAAAAGGUGUCCUGGCUUUCGAUCUCGUCGUUCAUCAGUAUCUUCGCCGCGGUCCUGAUCACCAUGAUCGCCAUCGGCAUCCAGCGCCCCGGAGACGGUCAUGUCGAUGCGACCGUCGACACAUCGCUCUACAAGGGAUUCCUGGCUGUGACAAACAUCGUCUUCGCAUACGCCGGGCACGUCGCCUUUUUCGGCUUCAUCUCGGAGAUGAAGAUCCCCACGGACUACCCCAAGACCCUGUACAUGCUGCAGUUCACCGACACGAGUAUGUAUGUCAUCACAGCGGUGGUCAUCUAUCGGUUUGGUGGGAAAGAUGUAGCAUCGCCCGCGCUGGGAUCGACGAGCCCGUUGAUAUCGAAAAUCGCGUAUGGGAUUGCCAUUCCGACGAUCGUGAUUGCAGGCGUGAUCAACGGCCAUGUGGCUGGCAAGUACAUCUACGUCCGUCUCUUCCGCGGCACCGACCGCAUGCAUCAGCGCAGUCUGGUGUCUUUCGGCAGCUGGGUGCUGAUCGGGCUGAUUCUGUGGACGAUUGCCUGGAUUAUUGCCGAGGCGAUUCCUGUGUUCAACAAUCUACUGAGCUUGAUUACGGCCCUCUUCGCCAGUUGGUUCACAUACGGACUGAGCGGUAUUUUCUGGCUCUUCCUCAACUGGGGCAAGUAUACGGCUUCUCCGCGAAAGAUGCUUUUGACGGUCGUCAAUUUGAUCAUCGUGGGCAUUGGAGGAUGUCUGUGCGGAUUGGGCCUGUAUGUGUCUGGGAAAGCGAUCCACGACGACCCGAGUAGCGCUAGCUUUUCGUGUGCGAAUAAUGCUGGCUGA